GAUACGGCCUUUGGUUAUUUGUUGUUGUACUGGUGUCAUUGCUCUUUGGUUCUGCGAUCUUCUUCUACUCUCAACAUCAACUCUACUGUUGUCGACCCUCCCUAUCUGCCUAGAUACCUAUUCAUCUAAGGUACUUUUUACUUGGGACACCUGAGGGUACUUACUCGAGUGGCACAGAAGCUGUGCCAUGUAUAGCUUCCAACCUUACAGCUCUCCAUCAGUCUAAUUAUUAACGUUUCCUUCCUCUCUCAUCUUUAUUUUCUUCUACUUUCUUCUACUAUUAUCUUCUUCUUGCCACGGCGUUUACACUUCAUCCUUCCAGCCUCAAUAGAGCUCUUAUUACAGUGCUGCAGCUGCCCGUUGACCGUCGCUGCCGCCUCAUGAUAUACAGCCCAAGACCCUUUUCCCGAGGCAACCCACAACCACCCUCAAAAUUCUACGCUUCACAACUUUCGAGGCGUUAUUCCACGUCUCCAAGAUGGAUCCAGCCACGCAGACACAUUGUGUCCUGCUGCUGGAUCUGCCUCCAUCCGCUUUGGGCGGCAUCGACCUGCUCUCGUUCACCACGACCCCGCGAUUCCGAGGUGUGAAAAACCUCCCACCAGGCUUGCACUUUGUUUUCGCCUCCAGUGAUAUGUCGCUUUCCGUCCGUCACGGCGCAUGGUUCUACGUGUCCCCUGGAGGUGGAGCACCACAGGUCUUCAUCAAGAAAUGGAGUCCCGCCACCGAGGAGUUGGUGGACGAGACUUCGCAGACCUCCGUCAUGCGUUGGAAGGCAAACUUGGGUCAGAUCUGGAAAGACGCGCUAACGCCAUAUCGCCAAACCGUGCCAUCCGGAACGUCAGAAGAGGACGACGCAGCAGAAGAAUCGGCAGAUUGGAGCAGCCUAACAUCAAGAAUAAAUGCGACCCUGCUCUCGAGGAUAUGUGGUCUAAAUCCAGACCACUGGAGUUUAAGUUCUUCGUCGUCUGCCGCCCAGGAUCUCGAGAGAAUACCGGGCCUCGACUCCAGCAACAGCAUAAUCAAUCCCGAGAAAGAACUCAAAUUCCUCCCAAUCGAUCUGAAGCGGACAUGGAGAGAAGGUGCAACGGGCAGGGAGCGAACAGAUGCCGCGCAGGACCGGUCAUGGGCGCUGGGGGAACUUGUGGACCACCAUUGUCAGGGUUCAAAUCUGCGCAUGCGCGAAUUCGAGAUUCUGGGUGAAUUGCAAUUCUGCUUUCUCAUGGUGUUGACGCUGAACAACAGCUCUUGUUUGGAGCAAUGGAAACGGCUAUUAGGCUUACUACUUACCUCUCGUCAAGCGAUUAGGGAGCGCUCGCAAUUGUAUCUGCAGCUGCUCAAGACGCUGAGUUUGCAGCUCACGCAUUGCGCCAGCAUGGAGGCAAGCAUGUUUGAUAUGCACGAGGCCGGUGGGGGUUUCCUGAAACCUCUUUUACGAAGAUUCAAGAAGAACCUCGAUGAAUUUGACGGCAAGUGGAAGUCUGAUAUUGAAGAGGAAUUCGAGGAGCUUCAGGAGUUUCUGCAGCAGGAGUUCAAUUGGGAGCUGGACGAUUCCUACGUGAAGCGCGGCAUGCUCGAAUUGGAAGACGGCGAGCGCGUGGAGAUGGAUAUGAACGGCGCAGACGAGGACGACGAGACGGGCGAGUAUGCGCCAACCGUUGUUGAACUGAGCGCAUCCCAAAUGAAAGAGCUGCGGCGGUCUGAUGUUAGGCAAGGUGGAGGGGCUCGUGCAGCCGAGGAAGACGAGGAAGACGCAGAUCUUGACGAUAUGGAUACCCGAUACUGAAAGUUUCAGGAACGGGCGUUGGUAGACCGGUGAGUCGAAAACGGGAUGGAUAACUUCCACCCUUGGACUUUGGGUCUUCGUUAAGGAAUCAUGGGUGUGGCACCACCAUCAAUACUUGAAUUUUUCGAUGUCUUGAGAAUGUCCGCCAUUUGACAAUUUUGGAGGGAAAAAACCCGAUCUCCCCCAUCGAGCGAGGACAGGCUCCUGGGAUCUUGUAUUCUUGCGCUGUCUUUG